CUCCAUCACUCACUGCAAACAUCGCAUCACGAAAAUUUGAGAGAGGGAGAGAGGAAACGAGUGAUGGCUCCAGCUACGCCCUUCCUGCCGACGGCUACGAAUGAGACGACACUACGAUCUAGCUUUAUCAGGGACGAGGAUGAACGGCCUAAGGUUGCUUACAAUCAAUUCAGCAACGAGAUCCCUGUCAUAUCUCUGGCGGGCAUCGACUCUCCUGAUGGACGGUCGGUAGUUUGCAAGAAGAUCGUGGAAGCGUGCGAGGACUGGGGGAUCUUCCAGGUGGUAGACCACGGUGUCGAUUCGGACCUCAUUUCGGAUAUGACUCGUCUCGCUCGGGAGUUCUUCACUUUCCCCGCUGAGGAGAAGCUCCGUUUCGAUAUGUCUGGAGGGAAGAAGGGCGGUUUCAUUGUCUCCAGCCACCUUCAGGGUGAGGCCGUACAAGACUGGCGGGAGAUCGUAACAUUCUUCUCAUACCCGAUCAGACUCAGAGACUACUCGAGGUGGCCCGACAAACCAGAGGGAUGGAUAGAGGCUGCUAAGAAGUACAGCGAACGCCUGAUGGAGCUGGCCUGCAAGCUCUUGGAGGUACUAUCGGAGGCGAUGGGGCUCGACAAGGAAGCUCUGACCAAGGCGUGUGUCGACAUGGACCAGAAGAUGGUGGUGAACUUCUACCCGAAAUGUCCCCAGCCCGACCUCACCCUCGGCCUGAAACGACACACCGACCCUGGCACCAUCACGCUACUGCUGCAGGACCAGGUUGGAGGCCUCCAAGCCACCAAAGAUGGUGGUAAGACCUGGAUCACAGUCCAGCCCAUCGAAGGAGCCUUUGUCGUUAACUUGGGUGAUCAUGGCCAUUUUCUUAGCAAUGGGAGGUUCAAGAACGCCGAUCACCAAGCAGUUGUGAACUCGAACUGCAGUCGCUUGUCCAUCGCCACAUUCCAGAACCCGGCUCCAGAGGCAAUUGUGUACCCACUCGCGAUACAGGAGGGAGUGAAGCCAGUGAUGGAGGAGCCAAUCACUUUUGCGGAGAUGUACCGACGGAAGAUGAGCCGAGAUAUAGAACUGGCCAAUCUCAAGAAGCUUGCCAAGGAGCAGAAGCAAGGUGAGGAGCUUGAUAAGGUUACUGUCCAGAACCAAGCCAAGCCAAUUGACUCGAUCCUUGCUUAGACGGAAGAAAAGUAGCAACAAGGUAGCAGUCGUGGCUGGAUGACUGUGCUACAAUAGUCUGGUCUCUCUCUCUCUCUAUCUUUUACAGAUAAAUAUGGGGAUCUUUAUGUGGGUGGUUGUAAUAAUGGAUAUAUAGAGUAAUGUAAUGUUUCUUUUAAAAAAAGUAAUUUGUUUUUCAGUUGUUUGUUGUAGUUGAGAUGAUGACAAUGAUCAGUUGGAAUGCAGGUGAUUUUGGCUCCCUUUCAUAAUUA